AUGUUCCUUUCGGCGGUGGCUGCUCUGCUCUUCAUGCCCCUCUUGGCGGCUGCAAAGAUGGCCGUGGUCCGCGUCUUCGCGACCGAUGAGGAGGUCGCGUAUCUGACGGAAUCCUACUCGGCGUGGGAGUCGAUGUUGCCAUGUGCAAACCCCAACCCGAACAGCAACGUUGACUUGAUCCUGGCUUACAGCAAGGACCUUGCCGCGGACUCCACGGCCAAGGCGGCAGUCCAGUCCUAUGAGACAGGCUUUGCGCAGAGUGAGCACUGGACCCGCUGCUUCGCGGGCAUCAAGAAUUUCUCCGCCAUGCUUGCCCCGGAGGAAGACCAAUAUGAUGAGCAAGGUUAUGCCAUGAACAAGCACUGGGUCUCAGGCCCCAACAUGAUCUUCAAGCAUGUUGUGGAAGCCAUGUUCAUUGGUGCCUUUGCCGGCGAGUACGACAGCUUCUUCUGGAUGGAAAUGGAUGCUGUUCCUGUCAUGGCGAACUGGCUGGACAAGUUUGUGGAAGAGGCUGCAGAGAUGCCUGCAAUGAACAUGGCUAUCCGUGGCAGCCCCUACUAUGGAGCCAACUGGCUCAUGUUCUCAGACAUGAUGCCUGGCUAUUUGCUGAACCACGUCAACGGCAAUGCCAUUUACAACCUCCAGCACCCCUGGACGAAGUUCCUGUUCGACACGUUCACUGCGGUGGACAAUGCUGCCUUGAUGGAGGAGAUGGCCUUCGACACGGCGUACUCGGCGAUCACCAGAGCUGCUAUGGACGGCUCCAACACCAUGCUCGCAGCUGCGUGGGCAGCUAGCAACGGCUCGGCCAUGACCUACAGCUCUGACACCAUGCUGAUCGGUAACUAUGCCAACACUUUGCUGAACAGCAGCUACGAGGUUGGGGCACACAUCCGCCACGGCUCGAGGCACAACAUUUUCGAGAGUCUGGCGGGUGACAUGGUCACGCUGGGAGUUCUAAGCAUCGAUGGGGAUAACGGGCGCAUGCUGAGCAGCAUGUCGAGCAACCACCCCUUCAAGAAGGUCCACAUGCUGACGCACUACCCAGUAACGACAUCCACCGAGACCAUCGAAGCACCAGGUGGCGACGUCACGCUGACCAUCGAGAAGGCUGAACACGGCCCGCUCAUGCACAUCUGCGAGGUGGCAGGCAAGGUGACAACUCCCUGGUUCGCAGUGGCAAGCAACCUGCACCACAUCAAUGCGCCGGUGAGUGUGCUCAUGCGCAUGGGCGAGCCUGUGAUGCCGUAUGUCCUGGCCACCUCGCCCUACUGUGCCAAUCGACCGUACUGCAAAGCCUCGUUGGAUCAAGCGGAGGAGCUUUUCGGCAUCUCCCUGAACUACCACCAUGACCCGAACGAGGUGCUUUACAAGGCGUCCGAAGUCGUGACUUUCUGUGAUGCUUGGAUGACUGCCGUUGGCAACAAGACUAUGGAGACUUGCGACAUGGUCUUCGGCCCCACAGCGGAUGACUUUGUGGCUUGGAAGCUCGCCAUGGGAAUGAACGUCACCGGCGUUCCGAGGGACAAGACACGCUACGGCUGGAGGUCUUGGACGAGCCUUUGGGCUCCGAUGCCCGUGGAUGAAAGAAAUUGCUCGACCACGGUGUAUGGCGAAGCAGAGUACAUGGAGGCACUCUCGCUUAUCUCGAAUUGCAGCCUCUAUGUGGAGAACGCCUCUGCCUGCGACGGAGACGCCAUGUGCUAUUGGAAGCCGAUGUUCGAAACCGGUGUCUGCGCCAUCGAUACGUCGGGCACGAACACGGUCGUGGAGUUCAUGGCCCCUCCAACUACCACCACUGACGAGUUUGAGCAGAUUUCUAAGACUUACGUAGGGACGACCGUUGUUGGCGUGGCUUUGGCUCUGUGCAUGGCUUUGAUGGCCUGA